GUUUUGGUUCUUUUCCCUUGCAACUCCAGUUGAAUCGAGGCAUUCAGUCGCAUUCGCGUCUUAUAUCCAUCAUGCCGAGCGUUUCGACCGAAUUUAUUACUGUAGGAUGCAACCGUACAGCUCACGCCGCCGCGUGGGGCGUCAAUGGUUUGCUUGCAUUCGGUGCAGAAAAGCUAAUCGCCCUUUACGAUCCACUGUUGCCUACCAGCCACGGCAUUCAGCAGACUCUUCUUGGUCACAGUGAUCGUGUCAUUUGUGUCGAUUUUAUUCAAAGAGGUCACGAAGCCAAGCUCGAGGACGUAGCGUUGAUAUCGGGAUCAGCAGACAAUACCGCCAAGAUUUGGAAAAAGUCGGGCAACAAGUGGGUCAAUUCCGCCACGCUCCAAGGCCACACCGGCGCUAUUGAAACUUUAGGCUGCAUGCGUGCUUCGGUAAUUGACACCGACAAAGAUUUGAUCGCUACCGGUUCGGCCGACGGCACCAUUCGCAUUUGGGAACGCACCGUUGUGGACGAUACGACAGAUAAUGUUAUGUGUGUCCAAACCUUGCAAUGCGAUCUGAAAUAUCCCUUGGCCAUGGCGUUGUCCUAUUUACCCGGAACCAAAGUGCCUGUCCUUGCCACGGGUCACACGGAUAAACGCAUCUUUAUUUACAUUUUUCAGGCAAGCAAAGGAGGUUUCGAAAUGGCACACACAUUGCAGGGUCACGAUAACUGGGUACGAUCCUUGGCUUUUGCGACCUACACUGGUGAAACCGCCGAUGCGACUCAAAAGACGGGCAUGACGCAUACAUUGGUCCAUGGUGAUCUUAUGCUGGCCAGUGCUUCUCAGGAUCGUUACAUUCGUAUUUGGAAAAUCUCUCCUCAUCAUCCCACCGAGCCUCAGCGUCAGUCGUCGCCCGACGCAAAGAAAGAUACAGUCACCAACGAACUCAUAGAAGCUCUGCAAGAAAGCGCAUUGACUGGCGAAGACGUCCAGCUAAGCACCAAGGCCCAUUUAGUGACCGUCGAUAACCCAGCAGAAGGCGCGAGUCCAUCCCAGUUUUCACUCAUGUUUGAAGCUCUUUUGAUGGGCCACGACGAUUGGGUCUACAGUGUUGAUUGGGAGAAACCACGCAUGAUGACCGGAUCCGAUGGCGUCUCAAGCUUCCAGCAACCCAUGCGCUUGGUAUCUGCUUCCAGUGACAAAUCCAUGAUGAUCUGGGCCCCAGAUCCGUCCACGGGUGUUUGGGUUAAUGAUGUCCGUAUGGGUGAUAUUGGUGGCAACAGUUACCUUGGCUUUUGCGGCGCUCUCUUUAGUCCGGAAGGAAAGCAUGUCAUUUCUCAUGGCGCUAACGGAUCGUUCCAUUUGUGGAAAGACGUGUCACUCAAUGAUGAUCAAAACCAUUGGGAACCAGAGGUCUCUAUUAGCGGCCAUUUUCGACCGGUGGAACAACUUGCGUGGGAUCCCGAAUCCCGGUUUUUGGUCUCUGUCAGUUUGGAUCAAACAACUCGUAUGUUUGCGCCAUGGAAUAGACAAAUCGACGGCACCGCCGUUUCAACAUGGCAUGAAGUCGGUCGACCUCAAGUUCACGGAUAUGAUCUCAAAUGUAUUACCUUUACGCACCCCUGGCAAUUUGUUAGUGGCGCUGACGAAAAGGUGCUUCGAGUCUUUGAUGCUCCUCGAUCCUGUGUCGAGAGCUUGUUUGCAUUGACGGGAGAAAAGGACAUGGCUUCUGAAAUUGAAAAACGGCCUGUGGGUGCCAAUCUACCCGCGCUGGGCUUGUCCAACAAGGCAGUAUUCGAAGCUGAUAUUGAAGAAAUGGCGAAUGCGGAGGAAAGCCACAGCGCUUUACAGAGUUAUGCCAGUGUUUCCGCUACGCCUACAGCCCUCAAGGAAACUAUGGAACGUCCUCCUUUCGAAGAACAUUUGUUACAACACACAUUAUGGCCUGAAGUUGAGAAACUCUACGGUCACGGUUACGAGAUCAUUUGUACCGAUGCAUCUCACGAUGGAAAAUACGUUGCCACGGCAUGCAAAGCCGCGAAUCCCGAGCACGCUGUGGUUCGUCUGUUCAAUACCUCCAACUGGAAAGAAGUGCCAACCAAGAUCGCCGCUCACACCUUGACUGUCACUCGAGCCCGAUUCUCUCACAAUGACAAGUGGUUAUUAACCGUAUCAAGAGACCGUAUGUGGUCACUGUCAGAACGACAAGAAGGAAAUGAAGAAACUCCAUAUCGAUUGGUGAUGACUAAGAACAAGGCCCAUGCUCGUAUCAUUUGGGAUUGUUCAUGGAGUGCCGAUGACCAAUUAUUCGCUACUGGUUCACGCGACAAGACGAUCAAGAUAUGGAAACAAUCGGCCUCAUCAGAAUGGGAAUGCGUGACUACCAUCAAGUGUCCUGAAGCCGUCACAUCGCUUGAUUUCGCUCCCAUCAGCGUACAAAAUGAACGUUAUGUGCUUGCAGUUGGAUUGGAGAAUGGUCGGAUACUCUUGCUAUCUGCUUUACAACAACAGGUAGAUCAAUGGGAGUCAUGGUGCCACGUAGAUACAAGUAUGAGCCAUGUAGGUGUGGUGCGUUCCAUUGCAUGGAGAAAGGCCAAAUCACCGGAAACAGGUCGUUUACAGUUUGCAUCUGCUGGAGAAGAUCAUUCUGUCAGAAUUUUCAAUGUAGAUUAUUAGAUCAAAUACACCUUUUUUUUUCUCUUCAU